GUGACAUAUUUUAAGCGUUAGGGAAUGUGCCACGUGGACAUAUGCAUGCCCACCGUGGAACCUUGGUAGCUUCCUCACCUGAUCCGAACCCUUUUGGAGGACUCCAGUGUUGGAUAAAUAUCAACCGUUGCUUCUGCUUCUUCUUCCCUAUCAUCUCUCCUGAGGCAUAGCCAUGGUUUCCUCUCUCCUCUCACCUCUCUCCGACACUGUUCUUCACUCUUCACCACCCAAAAUCACAGUCUCUGAGAAACCCACAACACCUCAGAAGAAAACCCAACUGGGUUUCACCAAGAAACCCUCAUGGACUUCACCACUUCUUCAGAAAUCUAUCCCCUUGGCUGCCUCAGUUGCCAUUCUUCUCUGGUCAAAUCCAGCAAAUGCUGGGUUUUUGUCUGGAUUCUCAGGAAUUGAAUCUGUUCCUGGUCCUGAAUUGCCUCAAGUUGACUUCCUCAAUAAGUUUAAUGAAGAAAACCAGAAGAAGUAUGCUGAAUUUGACGAAAGAUUCAAGUCAUCUCCCCUGCUCAAGGAGCUCCUUGAACGAUCCAAGUUGAAUCAAGAAAAGAACCGAAAAGAGAUUCAAGACAAGUACUGCAUUCGAGGGGCGGAAUGGGGGGUCGGAGACUGUUCGGUUGAAGGAAUGUCACCGGCAGAUAGAGAUAAUUUUAUUGCGACGCUGAAACAGAAGCUAGGAGAUGGAGCAAAGUGAGGGAAGAGCUGAUAGUAAUCCUUCAAACAUUCUAGUUUAACCUGUAUUUUUCUUGAGUUUUUCUCCUUUUUUAUCCUUGCCAAUUGUUUAGCUAGAAACAUUGAGUCAUUUCUUAUGAUAUUUGAUAGUUAAAAAGUCUAUAUGUUCCUCCA